AUGUGUGGCAUCAUCGCUCUGAUCCUGGCGAACCCCUCCGCGGCUGCGGCCGUGGACCUUCACGAGGCCCUGUACCUGCUUCAACAUCGUGGACAGGAUGCGGCCGGUAUUGCGACCUGCGCUUCCGGAGGUCGCAUCUACCAGCUGAAGGCCAAUGGCAUGGCGGCCAAGGUCUUUCAAGACGGUGCCAAGGUGGCCAAUCUGCCAGGCUCCAUGGGUAUCGGACACCUGCGGUACCCAACUGCCGGCAGCAGCGCCAACGCUGAGGCUCAGCCAUUUUACGUCAACAGUCCAUAUGGCAUCUGCUUCGCACACAAUGGCAACCUGAUCAACGCCCCGGAUCUGAAGAAGUACCUGGAUUUAGAAGCACACCGUCACAUCAACACCGAUAGUGACAGUGAACUCAUGCUGAACAUCUUUGCGGACGAGCUGAGCGAGACCAAGAAGGCUCGCGUCAACCAGGAGGAUCUCUUUGCCUCUUUGAGCCGUAUGUACAAACGCUGCGAAGGCGGCUGGGCUUGUACUGCCAUGCUCGCUGGCUUCGGUGUUCUGGGCUUCCGUGACUCAUACGGCAUUCGUCCUCUCGUCCUCGGCUCCCGCCCCUCCCUGGACGGUCAAGGAACUGACUACAUGAUGGCCUCUGAGUCUGUUGCUCUGGAUCAGUUGGGCUUCUCCAACCACCGGGAUAUUCAGCCAGGUGAGGCUGUCAUCAUCGAGAAGGGAGGAGAGCCCGUCUUCCGCCAGGUGGCACCCAAGAAGGACUAUGCCCCAGAUAUUUUCGAAUUUGUCUACUUUGCUCGCCCAGACUCUGUCAUUGAUGGUAUCAGUGUGUACCGCAGCCGUCAGCGCAUGGGGGACCGUCUGGGUGCUCGCAUCCUCGAUGUGUUGGGCCCUGAAGAGGUCAAGAACAUCGAUGUGGUUAUCCCCAUUCCUGAGACUGCAACCACAUCUGCUACCCAUGUUGCUCAGUACCUUGACAAACCCUACUGCCAUGGCUUUGUUAAGAACCGCUAUGUCUUCCGCACCUUCAUCAUGCCUGAGCAAAAGACCCGCCAGAAGGGUGUCCGUCGCAAGUUAAACGCGAUGAAGCAAGAGUUCAAAGACCGCAACGUUCUGCUUGUGGACGACAGUAUCGUUCGUGGUACCACCAGCCGCGAAAUCGUUACUAUGGCCCGUGAGGCUGGCGCCAAGAAGGUCUACCUGGCCAGCUGUGCGCCCGAGAUCACACAUGCCCACAUCUACGGUAUUGACCUUGCCUCUCCUCAGGAGCUGGUUGCUCACAACCGGGAUACUGAGAGCAUUGCCCGUCAUAUUGGUGCCGAGCGCGUCAUCUUCCAAACUCUGGAUGACCUGAAGGGCUCUUGCGCUGAGAUUGCUCGUGAGAAUGGCCAGUCUGAACCCCACAACUUCGAGGUCGGUGUGUUCUGUGGAAGCUAUGUGACACCCGUGCGUCAAGGCUACUUUGACCAUCUGGAACAAGUGCGUGGCGAGGGCCGCAAGAUCAAGGCCCUUGACAAGGCCAAGGAGGCCGUUGCCCAUGGUAUUGCCAACAUGACCGACUUCCAGAUCGCCGCUCAUGGUGUCACCAUGGACACCAACGGCAAGAUCAUCCCUGCGGAGGGAGUUGUCUCCCCGGAGCCCACAGACCCGCCCAGCUCAGAUGAGCACCCGAAGGUUACGGACCGCAUGGAUAUCAGCAUUCACAACAUUGCCGAUCAUCCAUGA